UGUGCUGUGUCCCUCGGACACAGCGGUAUAACCGAUCCAUGGAAAGAGCUGAAGAUGUCGGCUCAGUCAUGUGACCAGCUGUGUCCAAUCACAGCUUAUCACAUCAGCGCCACCUGUCAGUGUCCAUCAGUGCCAUCUGUCACCCAUCAGUGCCAGUCAGUGCCACCUAUCAAUGCCAGUCAGUGCCACCUAUCAGUGCUGCCAAUCAGUGCCACCUAUCAGUGCCACCUGUCAGUGCCAGUCAGUGCCGCCUAUCAGUGUGCAUCAGUGCCGCAAAUCAGUGCCCGUCAGUGCUGCCUAUCAGUGCCGCCUAACAGUGCCAGUCAGUGCCACCUAACAGUGCCAGUGAGUGCCGCCUAUCAAUGCCAGUCAGUGCCACCUAUCAGUGCUGCCUAUCAGUGCCAUAUAUGAGUGCUGCCUUUCAGUGCCCAUCAGUGAUGCCUGUCAAUGCCACCUACCAGUGCCUCCUCAUCAGUGCCACCUAUCAGUG